UGAUCUAUAGUCUACUAAACACUUAAGUCAGUUUGUUAUUAAUAAUAACUUAUUAUGAAACCGAGUAAUUGAGUUUUUGUGUUAUUCAAUUGACUCAAUUGAGUUAAUCAUUUUUUAUAUUUUAUAGUUCAAGUUUUAUUGUUUAAGUCUAUUAAAAAGUUUAUACACUUGAAUGGGUCUCUCCAAAAAAGAGCGACUUGAUUUGCUCAAAUCUCUACGAGUGGAUCUCUUCUUGACUUUUUACAAUCUCAGUGUGAUCAUCUGUGGUUUAAGUUUAAAUCAACUGGUCGAAGAUAAAAUUUGUUUCAAUCAAUUGAAACUCGAUUCUACUACUUGUUUAAACAUUGAAAAUGUCAAUGGAACCAGAGAGGCAGACAAAGACUACAUCAUAUCAACUGCAGCAACAUUCAAAAAUUACCAAACUUUGAUCUCAACUCUACCAACAGUUGUUUUGAUAUUUUUCAUCGGUCAUUGGAUCGACAAUCAUCCAAAACAAUUGAAAUAUAUUCUUGCUGUUCCAGCCAUUGGAGGGACGAUAAUUUCAUUUAUUCUUAUUUUUAUCUGCUUUAAAUUUCAAAUCGAUUACAGAUUUCUUCUGUUGACUGAUGUUGUCAGAGGAUUAACUGGAGGCUCUGUUGUUGUAUUUACGGGAAUCUAUACAUACAUUACUCAAAGAACACCAUCUCGACUCCGAACUCUUCGGUUUGCUAUUCUUGAACUUUUUAAAUUUAUUCCAAAUCCAAUAUCUACUUAUCUUGGUGGACUGAUCCUCAAUUCCAAGCCAUGGAUUGCUGACCAGCCACGGAAUUACAUUGGAGUUUUCUUUUUAUCAGCCUCUUUUAGCAUUGUUGGAACCAUUUGGAUCCUACUUUCAUUGAAUGAUUCAGACCAAGCAAGAAAAUUACUUGAUUUAAAUGGUAGAAAUGAUGACCGUUCAAAGAGCAACAACGAAGUUGAAGAAAAACCAGCUGAAACAGCCUCUAAAAUUUUCGAUUUGGAAAAUGUUAAAAACAUGAUUCAAACGUGUAUCAAGAAACGCGAAAAUGGCUUUCGCGCUCGUAUUUGGCAUUCCAUUUUAGCACUUACUUUCACUUUAUUAUGUAUGAGUGAAACCGUUAUUGAAUUUCCCUUUGCACAAAAAGUGUAUCACUGGGAUUCAGCAUACUAUUCAAGGAUUUCACCCAUUUUUAUGAUCUUAACUGCUGCUGCAUCUUCAUUUGCUAUACCAGUUUUAAUUCGUCGAUUUAGCAUAACUGAUACUAAAAUGUGUUUACUGGGUUUUGUCUCUUUAUUCCUGUCACUGGCUGUUCGAGGACUUUGGUUAUCACCAAAUGGUUAUUACGUAUCUAGUUUCGCUGGCAUACUUUCUGGUCUAUUGCAAAUUUCAAUCCGAGCUUUUCUUGCUCGGAUGAUUAAAUCGGACGAAAUUGCACAAAUUUAUUCUCUACUUUCAGCAAUUGAAGCUUUUGCCCCUUUGCUGUCCAGCUUGUUUUACACGACAAUUUUUCAUGCAACAAUUAGUUUUAAUCCAGGAUUAGUUUAUCUAAUUGCUUGUGCCUUUUUAAUUUAUCCUUUUUGUAUAAUUGUAUGGCUAGACUUUACCAAAUCUGUUUGGUACAACGCCAAUGAAGAGGUUAACAUUCCUCAAACUACAGUUUAUAAUACAAUCGAAUCAUAACAUGUUCUUGAUUCGUUCCUAGUCAUUCAAAAUGUUACUAAUUUACUCAAAAGUACAUAUUUAUAUGUUAAAUUUAUUUUAAUUGUUAAUUUUUUGUAAAUCCAUUGGAAAUUUUUGUUAUUUUUUUAAUAAUACAAAUGAUAUCUUGAGCAAAAUCUCAUAUUUUAUAAACUUUCUCAUAGUCAAAUCUCCAAAUAUUUAGUGGAGAGUUGAACUACUUAAGUAACCAAACAAGUUCAUUAAAGCAUUUUUAAAGUCUUU